CGGAUCAGAUAAUCGAAUCCCCUCAUUGAAGCGCGAUCAUCGUUUUCUUGACUUUGCCAGUUAACCCGUUACCAGAGUAAAUUCAGUAAAUAGUUCAACUGAAAUUGUUACUAUCGCAUCAAAAUGAAUCGUUGUUGUACCUCCGAGUAAAGCUAGCAGGUCUACGCCUCUUUUUUUACUGUGUCCAAAGUCAUUUGUAGGAUUUCCUUCACACAAUUUAAGCCGUAGUAGGUCAUGUAAACUAAGUACGUGGCUAGCUAGUUACAGUGAGUUAGAAAGCAAGGUGCUAGAUACUUCAGACGACUGCUAUCCAUCGCUACCGCUACAAGACUAUUGUCUGCCCACCCGGCUACUGAUCCUUUCAAUGGCCGCUACAAGAAAACGAACGCGAUCAGGCAUCGAAGAUGUGAGAGACAGAAAAGCAAAGGUUAUUAAAACCAGCGGUGAGAAGAGACACAUCGCAGCCCUGAUCCUGGCGAGGGGAGGUAGUAAGGGGAUCCCCCUGAAGAAUAUCAAAAUGCUCGCCGGUGUCCCCCUCAUCGGAUGGGUUCUGAGAGCUGCAGUGGACUCCAAACAGUUUGACAGUGUGUGGGUAUCAACUGACCAUGAUGACAUUGAGAAGGUAGCCAAGGCAUGGGGAGCUCAGGUUCACCGCAGGAGCCCAGAGGUGUCCAAAGACUCCUCCAGCUCUCUUGACACCAUCCAGGAAUUCGCCCGAUUAAACCCAGAGGUGGAGGUGAUCUGUCACAUCCAGGCCACGUCUCCCUGCCUGCACCCCUUCCACCUGAAGGAGGCCCUGGAGAUGAUCACCAAGCAGGGCUUCACGUCCGUCUUCUCCGUGUUCCGACGACACCACUUCCGCUGGCAGGAGGUGAAGAAAGGAGGUAGUGUAGCCACCCAGCCUCUCAACCUGGAUCCAUCCAACAGGCCCCGGAGACAGGACUGGGAUGGAGAGCUGUGUGAGAACGGAUCUUUCUACAUUUAUACCAGAGCGACGAUAGAGAGAGGCCUGCAGGGGGGGAAGUGGGCUUACUAUGAGAUGCUGCCAGAGUACAGUGUGGAUAUUGAUGUGGAUAUCGACUGGCCCGUGGCAGAACAGAGAGUACUGAGGUUUGGUUACUUUGGCCUGGACAAGCCUGAGGUGGUGCGUCUGCUGCUGUGUAACGUCUCCGGCUGUCUGACUGACAGCCGCGUCCUCAUCUCUGUCUCUGGAGAGGAGAUGGUCUCAGUCAACACCAGAGAUACUAUGGGUAUCCGCAUGCUGCAGAGAGAGGGAGUGGAGGUGAUCUUGAUCUCGUCCGGUGAGGACCCUGUGACCAAGGCCCUGGCUGACAAUCUAUCCCAGAGGACAGGCUGCGAGGUCAGGCAGCUGGGUAAGGACAUCCAGGGUGAGGUCACAGCCAUGAUGGACAACAGGGAUCUGGACUGGAAGGAGGUCGCCUAUAUGGGCCGUCUCAUCGUUAUUGGUGAUCAGGCCUAA